AUGUCAUCGAAGAAAAAACCGCAAAUUGUUGUAUGCCAGGUGUGCCAGUCAACGAUAUUGGCUAAGGAUUCAGCGAGACAUGCAGAUUUUUGUAAUCAGGAGCUUGAGAAAAGCGAGAUUCCGAUUAUCAAAUCGACAACGCUGAUUGGAUUCAAUUCGGCGGUUGAGAAUUCGUCAUGUUUCCUACCGCCCGACUCGCUCGGCUGGGAGAAGGCACACGCAGUUCUAAUGAGCUCUCAAACAAUGGAAGCUUUUGAUCUACUCCCACGGCAGCCGAUUCGUGUGACAUUUGGUGAGAAAUUGCUAAUUGGUGUCGUUUACCCAUGCAAUACGAUUCCCUUGCUGAAAUUGCAUAUUUUGUCGCCAAAAAUUCCACGAGAACGCCUUGUUAAAGUGCAGAAAUACGGCCGUGUCGAAAAGGUUUCGAAUUUGAGCGUCAGAGUGGAAGCAACGAAAAUCGAAAGCUCUCUCAAAGACUUUCUUGAGAUGUACCUCUCCUAUGCUUUUUUGGAAUUUAACAAUCCAAUCACUUUGAAAUAUCUUGGAAGAUUCAUUGAAGUGACAGCAGAGGAAGGUCUUGAAAGGAAAAUCGAGAAAAUGGGUUUAGCCGAUGGGAAGGAGGAUAUUUCUGUAAUUUCACCGAUUUCUGGAUAUUCAUUGAAUAUUUUAAACCAAGAGCUCUCGAAAAAUUCUGAAACUCGUCCGACAAAUCUUGAAAAUGUUGACGGCAUGUUUGGCGCGAAAAAGAUAUUGACUGAUUAUGUGAUUAAUCCAAUUUCAAGAAAUCAGGAGCCAUGCUCGAUUUUGCUCUGGGGACUACCGGGAAGCGGCAAGACUUACAUUCUGCGACACUUGGAAGCGGUUCUGGGUCCCAACGCGAUUUUCAUUUCGGCAUUUGAGGAUUUGGCGGAACUCAAAAUCGCACAAGGCCGCCAAUUACUCAUUUUAGAUAUUAAUGAAAUCGAUAAGGAGAAUAAUAAUGCGAUGAAGUCUUUGAGGAAUGUUCUCGAAAAUGAAGGGACAUCGGUUAUUCUCUCGAUCAGAUCUCCGGAUAAUUUGGAUAUUGGAUAUCGCGUCAGAUUUCCUGUCGAGGUUGAAGUCACCGUUCCCACUCAAGACGAGCGAAUUGACGUCUUACAAAAAUUGCUCAAAGACUUCGGAUUUGAAUCUGGAAUUGAAUUGGAUGUUGCGAGAAUCACUCACGGAUUCACGAAUGGCGAUUUGCGUUCGCUGCUCAAAGCGGCGAAAUACUGCCAAGGGACGAGCAUCGAGCAAAUUGAGGCCGCUCGGAAGCUCAUACGACCGACGGGAAUCCGGCAAUUCAUUCUCGAGGUGCCAACAGUGAAAUGGUCCGAUAUUGGAGGAAAUGAUGAUUUGAAGUUGGACAUUCAACAAGCUGUCAUCUGGCCGCAUCAGCAUCCCGAAGCGUUCGAGAGGUUCGGCAUUCAGCCGCCGGCAGGCAUCUUGUUGUACGGGCCGCCGGGAUGCAGCAAAACGUUGAUUGCUCGCGCGUUGGCGAACGAGGCGAAAAUGAAUUUUCUCGCCGUCAAAGGUCCCGAGUUGUUCAGCAAAUGGGUUGGCGACUCGGAGAAGGCGAUUCGAGAGCUGUUCGCGAGAGCCCGCCAUGUCGCGCCCACAAUUGUGUUCUUUGAUGAAAUUGACGCCGUCGGUUCGGCGAGAGGCUCCGAUAAGAGUUCGGCGGUGUCGGAUCGCGUGUUGGCUCAACUCCUCACCGAGCUUGAUGGGCUGGAAAAGUCGAGCCGAGUGAUUUUGUUGGCGGCGACGAAUCGGCCCGAUCAGCUGGAUGGCGCUCUUUUGAGACCAGGAAGACUGGAUCGCGCGAUUUACGUCGGAUUGCCUUGUCAGAUCACACGACGAGCCAUUAUCGAAAUGAGCACAAGAAAAAUGGAGUUCGAGAAAGACGACACCAUUGAGAAGCUCGUUGACAUGACUGAUGGAUAUUCUGGCGCGGAGCUCGUGGCUCUUUGCCGAACUGCUGCCAUGUUUGCCAUGCGUCAGGACAUGAAUACGAAUUUUGUGCGAUGGUCCAAUUUUGAGCAAGCAUUCACUGCUGUUCGACCUCGUACUGAACGUCAUCUCAUCGAAAUUUACGAGGAAUUCCGAUUAGGGGCCACUUCCGGCGCCUAA